AUGAGGUUCACCGGCUCCGAGAAGCUCAGCUGGGAGACUAUUCAACGGGUGCAUGAAUUGGAGAGUAUGAAGGCGGAUAUAACACGUGAUGGGGAUAAAGUCGAGCAGCUUCCAAACAUUGACGCUCUUUUGAAGCUCACAGGCCCUGAAUCAGAUACUUCCUAUGGAGGGAUCAUAUCAAAUCCAGAUCCAAACCGCCCAAAGCUUAAUGCUCUGAAAUUGGCUCUUCCUGCUCCAGGAAUACAGUUCUUUGCCGAGUUGGACUAUCUCCACGACACCGGGGCCGGUAUGAUGACCCUUUAUGAGGGAGAUCUCAAAACGCUUCUUGGUCCGUUUGGUGCGACUGCCGGGCCAACAAUACUAAUCGUUAAUCGUGGGCUCCGUAAGGUCUUGCGUUGGAAAUGGCGCCUCCUUAACCAGGGACGGCAUUCAAAUGGAAGUCGCCAUUCUGCACGGGGCUCGUGA